AUGGUGAUCCCAUCGGGUCAAGAACCUCAUUCCUCCUCCACGGUGCCGAAUGGCUACUCGCAUUCUAUAGCGGAUGAAGACGCUCCUGCAGAAUUCGACGUGGCUGCCCAGAUCGAGCCCACUCCGUCCGAACCCGUCGAGUCGCAUCCCAUCUUCGAGUCCUCCCCCGAACCUGAUGCCGCGGACGACUCAUACGAUGCCCAGUCUCCGGCUUCCGAUGGGGAAGAUGAGGAUGUUGUGAUGGAUAACAGUGGUGAUGAGCUUGGCCAGUCCAGCCGUGAAAACUCUUCAUCACCAGAGCCAGACCGCGGCGUCAAGCGGAAAUCGUCGCCGCCGGAUGAAAUCGAGUUCAUGCGACAGAACCCCGAUCUGUACGGCCUUCGUCGUAGUGGCCGCGCGCGUCAAGCACGUCACCUCGUCGACUCAUCCGAUUCGGAAUCCGAUGUAGUUGCGCCACGCUCCAAGCGUCGGCGCAAGGAGCCAUCCCACCAGCCCUCGAAGACCUCGCGGUCGGCUACCGCCUCCUCCUUCUCCGAAACUGAUAGUGAUGAGUAUGCGGGUAAAGGUGCCCGUGCGAAUAAGGCCCGACGACGUCGUCUCAAGGAAGCCGCGAGCACAGACCGCUCUUUCGCUGAGGUCCGCUUCUCCACGCGCAAUGCUUCCAAGGUGUCCAACUAUAACGAAGAUGAGGAUGACGAGAUCUUUCAGGAAGAUCCAGAUGAGGCCAUGGACAAUUACUGGGCACAUAGCUAUGUGGAGGAUACCCGACCUGCAGUCGAUGUCGUUUUGAACCAUCGGCUAAAGGAAGGCGUGGAGCCCGAUAAUCCCGACGUCGACCGCCAAGACUUUGAGUUCUACAUCAAGUGGCAAGACAAAUCACACAUCCAUGCCACUUGGGAGUCAAAUGAAUCUCUUGUCAACUAUCGCAGCACUCGCCGGGUGGACAAUUAUGUUCGCAAGGUGCUCAAUGAGGAGCUUCGCCUGCUUCAUGACCCAGACGCCCCUCCAGAGGACCGGGAGAAGUGGAGUCUCGAUCGUGAACGGGAUGUUGAGGCAAUUGAAGACUACAAGCAGGUUGAACGCGUCAUUGGUGUGCGAGAGAGUGAAGAUGGCACGACUGAGUACCUCGUCAAGUGGAAACGGUUAUACUAUGAUUCAUGUACCUGGGAGGCCGAGGACAUGGUUAGUGAGAUCGCACAGAGCGAGAUUGACCGUUUCAUCGAUCGCUCUGCUCGUGCACCUGUCUCCGACCGAGUGGAGUCAAACCCUGAUACGCGCAGGCCAUUCGAGCGCAUUCAAUCAUCCCCGAACUUCUUGCAAAAUGGUGAACUCAAGGAUUUCCAAAUCAAAGGCCUCAAUUUCCUGGCCUUCAACUGGGUUAAAGACCGGAACGUGAUUCUAGCGGACGAAAUGGGUCUUGGUAAAACAGUUCAAACUGUUUCGUUUAUCAAUUGGCUGCGUCAUGUUCGGCGGCAGCAAGGACCUUUCGUUGUCAUCGUCCCACUGUCUACCAUGCCAGCAUGGGCUGAUACCUUCGACAAUUGGACUCCGGACUUGAAUUAUGUUGUCUACAAUGGCAGCGAGAAAGCGCGUGCCGUACUCCGUGACUAUGAGUUGAUGGUGGAUGGCAAUCCUAAGCGGCCGAAGUUCCACGUCCUCCUGACAACCUACGAGUACGCGAUGAAUGAUUCUCCGUUCCUCGGACAAUUCAGAUGGCAGUUCAUGGGAGUGGACGAGGCCCAUCGUCUCAAGAACCGCGAUUCGCAGCUGUACGUCAAAUUGAAUGAAUGGAAGUGCCAGGCCCGUCUUCUCAUUACGGGUACCCCCAUCCAAAACAACCUUGCAGAGCUGGCAUCUCUAAUGGACUUCCUCAACCCCGGCAUGGUUCAAGUUGAUGUCGAUAUGGAUCUCAACUCCGAGUUCGCGUCAGAGAAAUUGGCUGAGUUGACUGAUGCUAUUCAACCCUUUAUGCUGCGCCGUACCAAGUCUAAGGUUGAAUCUGACCUUCCUCCGAAGACUGAGAAGAUUAUUCGUGUUGAGCUCUCUGAUGUCCAGUUGGAGUACUAUAAAAACAUUUUGACAAAGAACUACGCUGCUUUGAAUGAUGGUGCAAGGGGUGUGAAACAGUCGUUGUUGAACAUCAUGAUGGAGCUGAAGAAAGCAAGUAACCACCCCUUCAUGUUCCCCAACGCAGAGGCAAGGAUCCUGGAAGGUAGCACGCGGCGAGAGGAUAUUCUUCGUGCCAUGAUCACAAGCAGUGGCAAGAUGAUGCUGCUGGAUCAACUGCUUCGCAAGCUCAAGGGUGAUGGCCACCGCGUCUUGAUUUUCUGCCAAAUGGUAGGCAUGCUCAAUAUCCUUAGUGAAUACAUGGAGUAUCGUGGCUACAAGUAUCAACGCCUUGAUGGAACCAUUCCGUCCGCAGCCCGUCGCCUGGCUAUUGAGCACUACAACGCCCCAGAGAGCACCGACUUCGCAUUUCUCCUUUCCACAAGAGCCGGUGGUCUUGGAAUCAACUUGAUGACUGCUGAUACAGUCGUUCUUUUUGAUUCCGACUGGAACCCUCAAGCAGACUUGCAGGCCAUGGCGCGAGCCCACCGAAUCGGACAGACGAGGCCUGUCAGCGUCUAUCGUCUUGUGUCCAAGGAUACCAUUGAGGAAGAGGUCAUCGAGCGAGCUCGUAACAAGCUCAUGCUGGAGUUCAUCACCAUCCAGCGUGGCGUGACCGACAAGGAAGCAUCCGAGAUGCAGAGCAAGAUGGCUCGUGUGGUUGGCGAACCCAACUCCACAGAGGAUAUUUCUCGCAUCCUCAAGCGCCGUGGCCAGAAAAUGUUCGAGCAGACCGAUAAUCAGAAGAAGCUUGAGCAGCUCGAUAUUGACUCUGUUCUUGCAAAUGCCGAACUGCAUCACACCGAGCAAGAGGAGCAGAUCCAGGCUGAUGGUGGUGAGGAGUUCUUAAAAGCCUUCGACUUUGUUGAUAUCAAGGUCGAUGAUCUCACUUGGGACGACAUAAUUCCUCAACAACAGCUCGAGGAGAUCAAAGCGGAAGUGAAGCGCAAGGCGGACGAGAGAUAUCUUGCCGAUGUUAUCGAGGAGAACAGGCCUCGAAAACGUCAUGCAGCUGUCGAAACGAAAGAAACUCGGGGAGAACGCCAAGCCAAGCGUCAGGCCAGGGCACAAGUCGCUAUGGAAGACGAUGAAGAUGAGAGCAGCUCAUUGGAUCCAAAGCGCCCACUGGGCGAAAAGGAAUACCGUUCUCUCUCGCGAGCCUUCUUGCGUUACGGUGAUUGGGCAGACUGCGAAGAGCUCAUUCUUGAGGACUCUCGCUUGCAAAACCGUGACCGGGACACCGUUUAUGCAGCCCUCUGCGAAAUCACGGACAAGGCUAACUCACUCGUCCAAGAAAAUAUGGCUCAAUUGGAAGCUAUCAAGCAGUCGGGCAAGAACCUUACGAAAAAAGAACAGAAGGCUGUUCUUUUCGACCACCACGGUGUUAAGCGUCUGAAUGCCUGGACUAUCGUCGACCGACCCCCUGAUAUGCGUCUCGUACGGAAGAUCACCACCUCCCUGCCGGACUUCAGGACCUUCCGUCUUCCAGAAGCCACCAAGCUAGCCGAUUACAGCUGCCCAUGGGGUGCUCGGGAGGAUGGUAUGCUUCUGGUUGGUAUUGCGCGCCAUGGGUUUGGCGCUUGGGCUCAAAUCCGUGAUGAUGUGGACCUGGGCCUUGGUGAUAAGUUCUUCCUGGAGGAACACCGAGUGGAGCGAAAAACCCAGCGUGCGCAGGGAGAAGAAAAAACUACCAAGUCACCUGGUGCUGUUCACCUUGUCCGCCGAGCCGAGUAUCUGCUCUCUGUCAUGAGAAACAAGCAUAGCAACGGCAGCAAUGUCAGCGCAAGGCGAGCAGUGGAUAAUCAUCAUCGGAAUAACAAGCGGGCCUCGCGCGUUGGGAGUGGCAGUGUUUCCGCCUCCCCGGCUCCCCCUGCUCGCAAGGGUCACCGUGAAGCUGAGCGCUCAAGGCCGCGCUCCCAUACCCAUGGCAGCCGUGAUACUGGUGACCGCCAUCACACGCCCAGCCACGACCGGCCUAGGUCUGGGCAGGAUGUUGACCGUCCCCGCCACCGUCUGUCUGAUGCAACCAACGAGGAUCUCCGCCGUCGCAGGGCUCACGAGAAUGGCGGCUCGAGCAAGGAGGACAUGGCUUUGAUGUUUUUCCGCCCUAUUGUUCCAAACCUCAAGCAGGUCUCUAUGAUCACAGCCAAGAACUAUCCCAACAAGCACGAGAGAGCUCUCAAGCUCCGCAACACAAUUGUGAAGAUUGGUGAAUUCAUUCGCAACACAUUGGAGGGCGAACAGUCCAUGCCUUCCCUUGAAAGACGCCUGUGGGAUUAUGUCUCUUCCAAUUAUUGGCCCAACAAGGAGGUUGGUGGCUAUAAACUUCAACAGAUGUUUGACAAGGUCAUGGAAGCCACCAAGGCCGAGAAGAUUUCCAACGGCUCUUGA